UUUUUCUCUCUCGGUGAAGCACAAGCUAGCAAAGGCAGAAAUUAACGUUGAAAAGCUUAAAAACAAGCUGUGUUUGUUCUAACAUGUUUGAGGAUUGGGAAGCCUUUGUCUUUAUGCCACAUUCAGAUGAGAGUCUUGACAGCCGAUCUUGCACGCUGUACAUAUUCGAUUGGUGGGAAAGAAGCCAGGAACGCCAUGCCUGAGCUGUGAUUGGUCAGAAACGCUGUCACUCGAAGCUAAACUCAGCACUGAUUGACUGGUACAUCUGAGAAUGUUAGCUGAUUGGCUGCUAGUCGUGCGCGUGGCUGAGACGACGGCUGGUGCUGAUGCUGUGUGACAAUGGGAGUCUUCGAGUUAAGCAUCAUCUGUACCCGUUGAAUACCAAAAGCACACUCGCCGAAGUCAACGGCAGCUUUUGGGAGUGACAGGAAAGAGUCGACAGCCGCCGUUCCACGAAGGAUUGGCAGUGAUGGGAGCGUUCAGCCGCCAGAAGUUUUUCCAGGAGCUGGCUCAUGGCUGCCUGUUGCCAACGGCCCAGCAGGGCCUGGAGCAGGUGUGGCAGCUGCUGCUCAUCUGCCUGCUGUGUCGCCUUCUCUGGAUGUUAGGCCUUCCGUUUAUUGUGAAACACCUAGCCACGAUGGUGGGAGGUUUCUACGUCCUUUACCUGUUUUUUGAGCUGCACAUGAUCUGGGUGGUCCUCCUCAGCCUCCUCUGCUACCUCUUCCUCUUCCUGUGUCGCCACUCGACUAUGCGAGGCACAUUUCUUUCUAUCACUGUGCUAAUUUACUUGCUGCUGGGAGAACUGCACAUGAUGGACACCACAAACUGGCACAAGAUGAGAGGUUCACAGAUGGUGGUGGCCAUGAAAGCCAUCUCUCUGGCCUUCGAUCUGGACAGAGGUGUUGUGGCCAAUGUACCCUCACCUAUUGAAUUCAUGGGUUACAUUUACUUUGUCGGAACAGUCAUCUUCGGCCCGUGGAUCAGCUUCAAUAGCUACAAAGAGGCUUUGGAUGGGCAUAGGAUUAGCUUUUCGUGGUUAUUCAAGGUGUCUUUUAGCUGGGUCAAAAGCCAGAUCUGCCUGGUUCUUUCCAAUUGUGUGGCGCCCUACCUCUUCCCCUAUUUUAUUCCUGUCUACGGAGAAAAGCUAUUGAGAAGCAAGAAGAGGAGGAAAAUCAGGGAUACUCUGGCAAAGUGGUUACUGGCUUAUGAAAACACAGUGUCUUUCCACUUCAGCAACUAUUUUGUUGCGUACUUGAGCGAGACCACAGCCACACUGGCUGGGGCGGGUUUCACUGAAGAGAAAGAAAACCUCAAAUGGGAUCUCACAGUGUCAAAGCCGCUGAAUAUUGCGUUUCCACGCUCGGUGGUAGAGGUGGCCACAUCAUGGAAUCUACCAAUGUCACGCUUUCUGCACACCUAUGUAUUUCAGAGUGCUUUCAAAUUUGGGACUUUCUCUGCUAUCAUGGUGACAUAUGCAGCCAGCGCCCUUCUGCAUGGUCUGAGCUUUCAUCUCGGGGCUGUGCUGAUGUCUCUGGGCUUUAUCACCUACAUUGAGCACGUGCUGCGGAAGAGACUAGCAGCCAUUUUUAACGCCUGUAUCCUGUCCAAGAAAUGUCAGCCCCACUGCAGCCACCAGAACAAAAAGACACUAUGGGUGUACAUGAUCAACAUAGUAUUCAGUGCUCUGGCAAUACUCCAUCUGACAUACCUGGGUUCGGUGUUCAAUUCCAGUGUGGACUACAUGGAAGAGGAUGAGGACGACGUGACUCACCAUACCAUUCAGAAGUGGUCAGAUCUGAGCUGGACGAGCCAUUGGGUCACAUUUGGAUGCUGGAUAUUGUACCGUCUCAUUCUUUAAAAAUGAGAAAGCGCAAAAGAAGCAAUAAUGUGAAUUCUCGCCUCUGUGACUAUAAAUGCAUCAGACUGAGGGAAAAGUCAAUAUGCAGGUUAGUGUCAUCCUGACCUGCAAGGGACUCCUUUUGAUAUCAACGCCACUCCCCCCCACUUUUUCAGUGUGAGCCACUCACUGCAGUCGUCAAGCUCUGGUGUUGUGACAGCAGUUUCAGAUGUCUCACUGCGAGUCACAAUCAAUACCUAUCAGCAUGGUGGAAAUCAGCUCCUCUUUCUUGGGAUUGAGCCUUUAUCUUGUCAUGUCCCCUUUCCUACGUGCAUUCCCUUCACCUCAUAUGUUUAGUCAUAUUCUAUUUGUAAUGUUUACAGUAAGUAAGGAUUCUAUUGAAAUUGCACAGUGUUCUUAGGUUCAAUGCUCGGGUGUUUUCAGCACCACUCUCUCCAAAUUGACAGUUUGGUCAAGUAUUAAAUUCAUUCAUUCAUUUUCUAACGCUUAUCCUCACAAUGGAGCCUAUCCCAGCUGUCUUCGGGCAUUUGGCAAACACCCUGGACUGGUCGCCAGCCAAUCACAGGCCACAUAUAGACAAACAACCAUUCACACUCACAUUCAUACCUAUGGACAAUUUUGAGUGGCCAAUUAACAUAGCAUGUUUUUGGAAUGUGGGAGGAAACCGGAGUACCCGGAGAAAACCCACGCAUGCACGGGGAGAACAUGCAAACUCGGCACAGAGAUGCCCGAGGGUGGAAUUGAACUCCGGUCUCCUAUCUAUGUGACCUGCGUGCUAACCACUAGUCCACCUAUUGAAUGAUAAAUUAUUUUCAUACUAUAUUAGUUAAGCUAACAUGAAUUAUGAGUAUUAAACCAGUUAGCAGUUCAUUUGAUGGUUGGUAUUAAAUUCACUGAUUCAUCUGCUGGAGUUAGAAGUUUUUAAUCUUUUUUUUUUUUUUCAGAUUUUUCGCUUUAGAAAGUCAAUCAGGAAAUGCAUUUAUUGUUGUGAAAUGUAAUGUUACAUUUUUCUAUGAAUUACAAAUACUCUUUAGUAUUGAAAAAAAAAGUUUUGAAUCAGGGUAUUGUGCAUUGUAGUGUAGACGAUAAUGUUUAAACCUUCUUGAUUCAUAGGUAGCUCAUUCCAUGCGUUCUUUACAACCUGUCAUGUUGUGAAUUUAUCCUGGCCACACACUGUAUGCAUAAUUACUCCGAAAUGACGAUACCUCUUUUGUUGGACUGGGUUUAACAUACUCUCGUGAAAAGAUUUUUAUCCUGACGAACGUACAAAGUGUUAGAUUAGAGCCUGAAUGUUCAGUCUCUGCACAACCAAAACCUAUUCAAGUAUUUUCAAUAUGAAUAUUUUUUCUGUAAAUGUGAAUUCACUGGCACACCUGUGGUCAUUGUUUUUAUAAAGUUUUACAUAAAACCUGAUUUGCGGUGUUGUUUU